AUGAAACCUAAGCACGUCCUUCGCCCCCGCACCCCAAUCACCACAUCUUUCCUUCCCAGCCUCCCCUUCCUACCGCCGCUCCUCCGCUUCGGCCCGGCCAUCCAGGUGCCGCCGCGCCCCCACCAACCCCGUCGCCAUGGCCUCACACAUCGCCCCGUCCCGCCCGACGCCGACGCCGACACCGACGCCACGCCUCGCUCGCCUUCGUCGAGACUGACAGUAGCGAGCAUCCAGCAGCUAUGGAACGAGUGGGAGAUCCAGUGCCUGGUGUUUGCGAGCUUCUCCCUACAAGUGUUUCUCCUCUUCUUUGCGGGGUUCCGGAAGCGCUACCGCUCCCGCUUGCUCAGCGUGCUGCUGUGGCUUGCCUACCUGUCGGCGGACACCGUGGCGGUCUUCGUUCUCGGGCACCUCACAUGUGUUGUGCGUGAUGACCCGCGGCACCAUAUGGUGCUCUUCUGGGCACCGUUUAUGUUGCUCCACCUCGGAGGGCAGGACACCAUCACAGCCUUCUCCAUGGAGGAUUGUGCACUGUGGAAGAGGCACCUGCUGAACCUCACCACCCAGGUUGCACUGGCCAUCUAUGUCGUGGGCAAGCAAUGGCAAGGGGACAAGCAGCUUGUGGCUCCCAUGGUGCUAAUCUUCAUCUCUGGGAUAGCCAAAUAUAUGGAGAGAAUAUGGAUACUUGGGAGAGCCGGUUCAUGGGGACCUAUAAGCAGGCCUUGGGGUCCUUUGCUUGGGCAGAAAAGAACCCCGAAGGAACAAAGAGCUAUCCGGUCAUUUAUGUCUUCUGACAAAAAAUCCAGGUUGCAGAUAGAGGUAGUUCAUGACAUAUUUUAUAGAAGCAUGGGAUAUUUCAUGAACAGGUUCUAUGAAGUGUACUCCGGUGUUGAUUUGAGACGGAAGGAACCAUGUCGUGUGCUGCCAGACGACACAGUUAACUUGGCACACAAGUUAACUGAGAUCCAACUCUCAUUGAUCUAUGACUACUUGUACACCAAGUUUGGAAGCCUCGAUGGUGUGUUGCACCGGCUCACCAUCCUUGUCAUAAACUCUACAGCUCUUGCUCUGUUUGUUGUUCAUCAUAAGGGAGGGAAGGGGCGAUCAGAAGCUGUCAAGUACUAUGGUGUAGCUGAUGUUGCCAUCUCUUACAUAUUGCUUGUUGGUGCAGUGGCAUUGGAGAUAUCCUCUAUAUUGAUGUGGCUCAUGACAUCAUAUUGGCCAUACAAGGUAUGCCCAGGAGGAGGCCAUAGUCCAAGAAUUGUGCUUAGUAUCCUCAAGGGCCUCCGCCCAGGCUCGGAAAACGACAGAUUGGAGUGGUCAGGUAAGCUGCAGCAGUAUAACAUGAUUGAUGAAAUAAUCCAAGAGAAGGCGAGAAAGCAAUAUGGAUGGCUGAAAUGGAUGAUGUGGCGUAUGGGCAUCAAGCAAUAUCACCACACAACCAAACAUGUUGCCAUCUCCCCAGAGGUAAAGGAGCUGUUCCUUGAUAAACUGCACGACAAUAACUGGAGGUUGAUGUUGACCAGCUUCCGUGCCGAGUGGGCAACUCAUAUUCUUUCUUCCUCUGGGUUUAGUGAAGCCCAACAGAAAGUCAGCGACACCUUUGGAGGUGUUACAGAUCUUGUCUUUAGUGCCUUGUUUUGGCAUCUUGUGACAGACAUAUGCCUAAUGCGGGAUGAGACGCCCUCCAAGUUUAGAACCUGCAGCCAACACUUGUCCAAUUACAUCAUGCACCUGGUCUACAAGUGCAACUUGAUGGUUGACUCUGACGGGCAUUUACUAUUCAAAGAAUAUAUGCAGUUUAUUGGAACAUUUUGGAAAGAUGGCAACUAUGAUAAGAGUGACUUCCUCCAGAGAUUCUGCAGUCAAAGAGCAGAUCUCUUUCAGCAUAUACGUACAAACAGUCUAGCUCGUAUAUAUGAUGGCCUGAACUGUUUGGACUGUGUGCUCGACAGCAAAGUUGGGGCAGCUAAACGGUGGGAGAUGGUCGCAACGGUAUGGGUGGAAAUGCUCUGCUACAUCGCACGCAACUGUGAUCAUGGGUUCCACGCUAAGCAGCUGAGCGCUGGAGGGGAGUUCCUCACUCACGUCAAGAUGCUCGUGUUUGUUGUACUGAACCUUACUCGUCGAGAUAUGUAUAUGUAA